AUGACUACAAUGCAGAAACCUCCCCAACCCCCAACCUCCAACCCACGCGGCUUAAAAGGCAUAAUAAGCCGCGUCUCCAGCAUCCGCGACGCAUACCCCAAUUCCGUCCUCAUCUACCGCGACCUAAACACAACCUACCAAUCAUGCUACGAGAUCGCCGUCAAUGUCUCAGAACAAUAUAACAGCUACCGACGCGCGGGCCAACGGAUUCCAGGCAUUCGAUCACUUCUAACGGACUGCGAUGCGAUUUUGAAGAAAGUCCAUGGCUUUUUGCAGCGGUAUUCGAGUCUGAGGUCGCAGAGGCCGGCGUCGAAGGAGAAGUUUGCUUUUGUUAGUGAGGAUAUUGGGUUUCAGAGGAGGAGGGUGGAGGUUUGUAGGGGGAAACUUGGGGAGGUGCAGAGGUUGUUGCAGGGGGCUGAUUACUCUAGUCAGCAAAAUGUGACUGCUGAUGAGCCUCGAGGAGAUAUCCCCGCUGGUGAUAUUCCUGGAGAUACUGACCCAGCUCCUCCUGUCGAAGAAGACCCUAUCGACCAGAAACCACCGCCUAGAUCUCGAUCACAGAAGCGAAAUACUCGUUUGGCAACAGCAGCCUCCGCCUAUCGCUGGGACGAAGUUCGCUCCCUGAUUGAAAGAGGCGCAGAUGGACAUAUGGGGAAAGGGAAUAUCGAAAGUGGGUAA